GUCGGCGUAUCAUUCCGCGGGCCGCUUGUGUGUUGGUGGUGUAUCCGAAUGGAGCUUCCACCUUAGCACAGUUCCACCGCGCACAGUUGACGACCGAAGCCAGAGCAGAACGGCUGCCAGUCGGGGACAGGUGUUUGGCUGUGCGAAUUUCACGCUGGAAGAAGAGACGGCUUCAAAAUCAAAAAAAAAAGAGAGGUUAGAAGAAUAUUCGAAGGAAGAAAGGAAAAUGUUCAAAAGAGGAAGCAAACGGAAAUAAAAGGAAACUUGUGAAGGACGUUAGUUUAGAAGGAAGAAAGGGUUUUUUAGUGUUAGGAGAGACUUCCUUGUCAUCGUAGGACAACGGAUUUUUAACGGUGUUCGUGACAGAAAGUGAUUAAUUAGACGUCUGGAGUGAAUGCAGGAGGAAAAUGUGAAGAUUUUUUUUUAUUUUGUUUUUGUUGUUCCCGGUAUUUACAGAAGUGAGUGAGUUCAAAUAACGGUGUAAUUUACUCCUCACCCCCGACGUCUCAAAAGUGACCAUGUGAUUCUGGAAUUUCUUAGUACUGAGAGUAGUGCAGCCGACGCAGCGGUUAGUGAAAGUAGCGGGCUACAUCGUCAUAAUUUGUGUGUCGCCUCCCGAAGGGUGAUUAGGCGCAGAGAUUAGUUGGGGAUCUUGUGUGGUGAAGGGUAAACAGUAGCAGCAGCUGCAGCCACAGACGACGACGACGACCGCCGGCGUGCCGGUCGUAACGAGAGAUAAGGCGCCACCACCCCAUCAGCUGGCAUCAUUGUAGCAAAGUUCCACCAAAACCAAAUAGGAAAUCACCCCCCGAAGUGUGCUCCAGUUUGACCAGCCACCUUCAACAACGUCAUCAACCCCAAAACAGGCAAAGUUAAGGGGAAGGACAAAAAAUCACGGCGACGACGACGACCCACAAAAAAAAGCUCAACUCAACGCUCUCAAGAAGCUUGCGCUGGUCAUUACUGGUGGCCGGUGACCGAACAAGAGAAAAAGGGCCACCCCCAAACCCUUCUCCCCACUUUGUACGGGUCUCGUGACUAGGGCGGGCUUUCAGAAUGGAGACGAUUAAGAAGGAAAAUAUACAAAUAAGUGAUAAUGGUGGACCGGCCGCGGCUGCUGGUUCACUCACACAGUCGUCAACGGGUGCGACUACGACUACAGCGACCAGCACUUCAGAGGUGCUGCGAGACGAAAAGUCCCAAAUCGAGAAAUCAGUUCACUCGCAAUCGGCACUCAAGACGAAGCAGUCGUGGUUCCGCAAGUCCAACACUUGUGGCAGCCUGUACGCCAAGUGUGCCUGUAGCAACGGAGUGUCCGGCGUAGGACAGGCUUCAGCGGGAGCAGGGUCUCCAACCGGGAACCACGAGGGCAAGGUUCAUCGUCACAGCCACGGCCGGCCGAUCUCGACCUCGGAGAAGGACUUCCGGAAGAUUCGGGUGCUGCAGGCGUUCGUCCACCCGGACACGACUACGGUGUUUACGCAGGAAAAUCGCUAUCCGGGAAGUGACUCUCCGACGAGAGCAUCGUUGAUUACGUCGGCGCAAGCCGGGGAGUUCCAGAUCCUGCACUCGACACAUUCCAAGCGGCAGUCUACGCCGAACUGUGGCGCCGCCGGGGACUACGCCGCGGCCUUCCAUCCGGAGUUUGUGCUGAAGAAGGUAGCGCCGAAGAAGCAGUCCUCUAACGGACUUCCGGACAGCAGAUCUCCCUCGAUAAGCAUUCCAUCGCCGCGCAAGGUACCACUGAAAAAGAGCUCGCGCAGCUAUCCGGGACUGUCUCCGUCGGACAGCAGUGUCGAGUCGAUCAUCCGGGCGUUCGGACAGCGGUCCACCUCGUCCAGUGUGGACGAAGUUACGGAAGAGGAGGACUGCUGCGCCCAGACCGGUAGUGAAACGGAAGAACUUGGCAGUUUGCGGGAUUCGUACAUCUCGUUCACCGCUGCCACCGAACCGGAGAAGCAACCUCCCCCGGUGAACAGUGAUACCAACGGGUCGGUUGAUCAAGUGUGUGAAAGUGAUAUUCAGCUAGAAGAACGAAGUGACAGUGAUAGCAGCAGCAGCAGCAGCAGCAAUACCAGCAGUGACAACAGUUCCCAAAGUCCACCCUCCCAGCUCCUGAACCCACUCCCAGCUCCAGCGAUCCCGUGCAAGCUCAACCCGUCGGCGCACGAGUUCUUCAUCCAGUCGGGCAUCCUCGGACCAAUGGGCAAUGGAUCGUCGGUGCUGCUGCGGAAAACGUCCAAGAUCGUGCCGAACGUGGACGCGCCGGUCAAGGAGAAGAUCCGCAAAAAUUCCAAAAUGCUGUACGGUAGCCGGACGGUGCUAACCGGCGGCGGUGGUGACUCCCGCCGCAAAUCCAUUCCGCCGGACUCCAACUGUGAUAGCUUCCAGUCGUACGGGAGCACCCCGACGCUCAACAGCAGCAGCGGCGGUGGUGGUGGCCGCCAUCUGCCGCGGACCCUCGAAGACGAAAUCAACAACCUGCGGCAGCUGCUCAAAGCCCGGGACGAGGAAAUCAGCAAACUUCGGCGGGAGAUCGACAAACUCAAGAGCGUACUCCAGCAGACGACCACCAACAGCAUGGACGUUAAGAAGCAGCAGCAGCAGCAAUCGGCCCCGGUCGUGGCCCUUCAGCAGCUCCAGAAGGUCCCAAAGACCCCGCCGGUAGUCGAGGGCGAUCUGCUGUCCAGCAUUCAGGCGAACUACGUGAUGGCCGGCCAGCAGCUGCCGGUUUCCGAACUCUUCGGCGUGCCCGGCAAGGGCUUCAAGCUGAACCACGGAACGCCGAGCAACGUCGGCAACGGACACAUCAAACCCAAGGGGGCCAUGCUGGUGGCGAUGAAGAAGCAGGGAGUUUCGGGCGAGAGUUGCGAACUGAUGGGCAGUCACUCGGACAUUAAGAUUCCAAAGUACGACAAGGACUACAGUGCGAAGCAGCUGAUUAAGGACGCCAUUUUGGAGAACGACUUCUUCAAGAACAUUGACUCGUUGCAGAUUCGGGAGAUUGUGGACUCGAUGUACAGUCGGGAGUUUCGGGCCGGGGAGUAUGUGAUUCACGAGGGACAGGCGGGCUCGCACCUGUACGUGUCGGCUUCGGGGAACUUUGAGGUGUUGAAGGAUAGCAAAUCGUUGGGGUUCAUGGGACCGGGGAAGGCGUUUGGAGAGCUGGCGAUUUUGUACAACUGUACGCGGACGGCUUCCAUUAGAGUGCUGUGUGACUCCCGCGUGUGGGUCCUGGACCGGCGCGUCUUCCAGCAGAUAAUGAUGCGCACCGGGCUGCAGCGGAUCGAGGAGAACGUCAACUUUCUGCGGUCGGUCCCCCUGCUCAAGAACCUCAGUAAUGACGUACUUACCAAGAUUGCGGACGUGCUGGAAGUGGAAUUCUACCCCGCCGGAGCGUACAUCAUCCGUCAGGGCGCCGCCGGGGACACCUUUUUCCUCAUUAGCCAAGGCACGGUGAAGGUCACGCAGCGUUUACCAGGCCGUUCCGUCGAGGAGGAAAUCCGAAUCCUGGGCCGCGGCGAGUACUUUGGCGAGAAGGCCCUCAUCAAGGAGGACAAACGGACGGCGAACAUUAUCGCCAUGUCUCCGGGCGUGGAGUGCUUGACGCUGGACCGGGAGUCCUUUACGAAGCACAUCGGGGACCUGUGCGAGCUGCACGAGAAGGACUACGGGGACGCGGAGCGGGUGCUGGCCUUCCGGAAUCUGGAGAACCAGCUGCCGUCGCUGGACGCGGUGAAACCUGAACUCAUGGACGUGGAAUUGUCCAGCCUGGAGAUUGUUGGAACGCUUGGCGUCGGUGGCUUUGGCCGCGUCGAGCUAGUCAAACUAGAGCAAACCAACUCGAUCCGGGUGUUUGCGCUCAAAUGCAUGAAGAAGAAGCACAUCGUGGACACCCGGCAGCAGGAGCACGUGUACAGCGAGCGGAAGAUCAUGCUGGCUUGCAACAGUCCGUUCAUCUGUCGGUUGUAUCGGACGUAUAGGAAUGACAAGUACGUGUACAUGCUGCUGGAGGCUUGUAUGGGCGGAGAGGUUUGGACGAUUCUGAGGGAUCGAACGCACUUUGAGGACGGAACGGCAAAGUUCAUCGUCGGAUGUGUGCUGAAGGCGUUUGAGUUUCUGCACUCGCGGGGGAUCGUGUACCGAGAUCUGAAGCCGGAAAACCUGCUGCUGGACUCCAAGGGUUACGUCAAAUUGGUUGACUUCGGCUUUGCCAAGUUCAUUGGUUACAGCAGCAAAACGUGGACCUUCUGCGGGACUCCGGAAUACGUCGCGCCUGAGAUUGUUCUGAAUCGAGGGCACGAUCGUUCCGUUGAUUACUGGGCGCUUGGAGUGCUGAUCCACGAGUUGCUGACGGGAAUACCCCCAUUUGCGGCGGCAGACCCGAUGAAAACGUACAACAUUAUUCUUAAGGGAAUCGAUAUGGUGAACUUUCCCAAGCACAUGUCCCGGUCGGCGGUCAGUUUGAUCAAGCGGCUCUGCCGGGAUAUUCCGUCGGAGCGGCUCGGCUACCAGAGGGGAGGCGUUCAGGAUAUUAAGAAGCACAAAUGGUUCCAGGGCUUCGACUGGGAGGGGCUCGCCAACCAGACGCUCAAAUCACCGCUGCAGCCAAAGCUGAAGGGCCCACUCGACAUGUCCAACUUUGACGUCUUCCCGUCGGACCCGAGCGUACCGCCGGUGGAGACGUCCGGCUGGGAUGCCGACUUUUGA